AUGAUCAAGUCCGUAGAAUCAGUCGCGCAGGAGUUCCUUACCCCACAGCAACGAUGUCUCAAGACCCCAAACCCCGUGAAAUCCAAGCCCGUGGUGGUGGACAAAGGAACAACUCCGACCCCUGUCGAGGCUGCGACAACACAACCACGAUUUUGCAUCGAGGAGCAUCCAGGCGAUCAGCCACGGCAAAUCAGGGUCGGGGUCGUCGGGGCAGGGAUAUCGGGCAUAACAGCAGGGAUUCUGCUGCCCGCAAAGGUGCCGGGCAUCAAUCUCACCAUCCUGGAGAAGAAUGCGGAUGUCGGUGGUGCAUGGUUUGAAAACACGUACCCCGGGGUGCGCUGCGACGUGCCCGCCCAUGUCUACCAGUCCGGGUUCGCGCCCAACACGCAGUGGAAAGAAGAGUUCGCGCAAGGCACCGAGAUCCGCCAGUACUGGCAGGAUAUUGCUCGUCGGUACGAGGUAUACAAGUACCUGCGUCUGCAGCGCAAAGUCUUGAGAGCUGAAUGGCAGCCGAACGAGGCUCAAUGGAAAGUCACGAUCCAAGACCUUCGUAACGACAAGAUAUACAGCGAGAACUUCGACAUCUUCAUCACCGCGCUCGGGUACUUCAACACCUGGCGCAUCCCUGAGUUCCAAGAUAUGGACAAGUUCCAAGGCACCAUUUUCCACUCCUCCGACUGGGACCAUAGUGUUCCCCUCGACGGCAAGCGCAUCGCGCUCAUUGGCAACGGCGCGUCCGGCAUUCAGAUUCUCCCCGAGAUCCAACCCGUUGCCGCCCAAGUCGACCACUACGCCCGCAGCCGCACCUGGAUCGUGCACCCACCAAACGUAGAGGGCGACUGGCAGCGCGGACUCUUCACCGCCGAAAAACUUGAAUCCUUCCGCGACCCACAGACCUACCUCCAGUACCGCAAGGAGAAGGAAGCCGAGUUCUUCCGCGGGUUCGCGACGUGCUUCCAGAACUCGCCCGAGAACGACUUCCUGCGGCAGAUGUGGACAGCGUCAAUGCUGCAGCGCGUCGAGAACAACACCACCCUGCUCAACGACCUGAUCCCAGACUUCCCGCCGUGCUGUCGCCGUCCGACCCCCGGCCCGGGGUACCUGGAGGCGCUGAUCAAGCCGAACGUGGAGCUGAUCCGGUCGGGGAUCGAGCGCUUCGCGCGCGAUGGGAUCCUAGCGGCCGACGGGGUGGAGCGGAAGGCGGAGAUAGUCAUCUGCGCGACGGGCGCUAAUUCGGAUCUCGUGCCGCCGUUCCCGAUCAUUGGCGCGGCGGGGCUCGAUCUGCGGGCGGCGUGGGGAGCGGACGGCGGGCUGUAUGGCUUUCCGUACACGUAUCUGGGGAUGGCGACGCCGGGGUUCCCCAACGCGCUGUGGCUGGGCGGGCCCCAUGUGGUCGGCCCCAGCGGGACGGUGCCCAACUGCAUGGAGAAUCAGGUCACCUACAUCGCGAAGAUGAUUCGCAAGGUUCGGGGCCAGGGGAUCCGCACGUUUGUCCCUGCCAAAAAAGCAGCGGACGAUUUCCUCGAGUAUUGUCUUGCGUUCUUCCCACGCACGGUGUGGACAGGGAACGAUGACUUGACGCCAGGGAAGGCGAAUUGUCGGUCGUGGAUGAACGGUGGGAGGCCUAAUGGCUUCGUGCAUGGGCUUUUCCCGGGGAGUGCGAGUCUGGCGAAUUACGCUCGACGCGACCCGAGGUGGGAGGAUUGGGAGUACACGUAUACGAAUCCGAGUGGGAAUAGGUUCGCCUACUUGGGAAAUGGUUGGACGACGAGGGAGAUGCAGCCGGAUGCGGACUUGACACCACAUCUGAAACAACAGGAUCAUAUUGAUUUGAAGUCCUAUUUGGAGGGAUGGUGGGAUGUUUGA